GUGUUGACAUGUCAGUGUCACUUGGUCAGCUGAUUGCGGGACGUAAAGCUUCUCGGCUAGUACUUGCUAGCCAGCUUAGUUAGCUUAGCCUAGCAGGAGGUUUGUUUUUGUUAACGUUGCUGCACAGGUAGCUUUUAACGUAACCCAAAACUCACUCUGAAAAACACCGAGAAUUUGACGAUUUUAACACCGUCGCUGAGUCGCUAGCCGCCCGUCGAGCGGCCUGAAGGUUUCCGUGAGGGAGGCAGUGAUCAUUGUGGCAGAGAGGGAAGGGUGAAGUUGCUCUCCGAGUAUCUGCAUUGCAGCCCCGGUGCUGCUGAUGGAAUUCAAACACACAACAAUGGCGACUCCCAGUCCUAACAACCCGACAGCACCGAGCAGCCACAGCAAGAACGCAGGACCCGCAGCUAACCACCUCCUCCAGUCGCAGUCUCAGCACAUCACGACGAUGAGCAGCCUGCAGGAGUCCAACACCUGCUGGAGAUGUCAGAGUGAAACAGGGUUUCAGAUAAACCUGUCUGGAGCUCCCCCAAGUAAACGUAAAGCCCUGAAGCUGAACUUCGCCAACCCUCCGAUCAAACCCACCACUAGAUUCACACUGAACACGGCGGGGCCGCCCUUUCAGAACCCCCACAUAGAGCGACUGAGAACACACAGCAUCGAGUCAUCAGGGAAGCUGAAGAUCUCUCCUGAGCAGCACUGGGACUUCACAGCCGAGGAUCUCAAAGACCUGGGCGAGAUCGGCCGAGGUGCCUACGGCUCGGUCAACAAGAUGGUGCACAAGCCAAGCAACCAGAUCAUGGCCGUGAAGAGGAUUCGGUCCACCGUCGAUGAAAAAGAACAGAAGCAGCUGCUGAUGGACCUGGACGUGGUCAUGAGGAGUAGUGAUUGUCCGUACAUCGUGCAGUUUUAUGGUGCUCUGUUCAGAGAGGGUGACUGUUGGAUUUGUAUGGAACUUAUGGCUACCUCCUUAGACAAAUUUUACAAAUUUGUAUAUUGCUCAUUAGACGACGUGAUUCCAGAGGAAAUAUUAGGAAAAAUAACAUUAGCUACUGUGAAGGCUCUUAACCACUUAAAAGAAAACUUGAAAAUAAUACACAGAGACAUAAAGCCGUCAAACAUCCUCCUGGACAGGGGCGGCAACAUCAAGCUGUGCGACUUUGGCAUCAGUGGUCAGCUGGUGGACUCCAUCGCCAAAACCCGAGAUGCAGGCUGCAGACCUUACAUGGCACCGGAGCGGAUAGACCCCAGUGCGUCCCGGCAGGGCUACGACGUGCGCUCAGAUGUUUGGAGUUUGGGAAUCACACUGUACGAGCUGGCCACAGGGCGGUUUCCGUACCCGAAGUGGAACAGCGUCUUCGACCAGCUGACCCAGGUGGUGAGAGGAGACCCUCCACAGCUCAGCAACUCCGAGGAGAGACGCUUCUCGCCAAAAUUCAUCUCCUUUGUCAACCUGUGCCUUACAAAGGAUGAAUCGAAGAGGCCAAAGUACAAAGAGCUGCUGAAAGAUCCAUUCAUCCAGAUGUACGAGGAGCGCUCGGUCGAUGUAGCCGGUUACGUCUGCAGGCUUAUGGAUCAGAUGCCGGCGUCCCCCAGCUCCCCCAUGUACAUGGACUGAAGCAGGACGGGACGACAAAAUCCACAAUGAAAUAAAAACACACACACACACUAGUCUGCAACAAGAAAAACCCGAAAAGAAAAAGAAAACACAACAAAGAAACAAAACAAAAAACCCCCCUCGUGUAAAUUUGCUUGGUUCCCCUUCUUGCAGUGUUAAAAGAGAAAUGUAAAAAAGAAAAAAAAAAAAGCCUAAAGACAAACUCCAUUUGCGAUAGAGAUGGUGUUUGUUCCAGUCAUGUCUGUAUAAUAUAUCAACACUUCUGUUUCUCUCUUGUUCACACACAAACGCACAGUCAUGUAAGUAUAAUAGCAGCUCGAUAAAAAUCACAUCUCAGUGCUUAGUACAGUGGUUGAAUUAAAAAAAAAAAAAAUGAAAGCCUGGAAACGUUGUAUUUAUAGAACCAAAGUCAUGUGGAGUGUUUUGAUUUGGAGAUUCUGCAACAUACUGGAAUCAUGCUCUUUGUGAAUCAACCCACCUCUUCCAUGUGCGUCAAUGAAAAGCAUCGUGUUUGCUAUCUUAAUGGAACUUUGCUUCUCUGGGUAUAAAGCCGUUUUAAAAAGUGUGGGUGGUCCGAAUCGUGUUAGACCUGCGGGGCGGUCAGCGCCGACAGGCAGCUGUCCUCCUGCAGUGGAAUAUAUGCUGAUAUAUGAAUAAAAGAAGAGAAAGAGA